GAGAUCAUAGCUUCAGGAUCCUCAGGAAACCCUGGUACAGGCAGCAGCCAGCCUCCGCUGUGCCCACAUGACCCACAACUCUGGCAGCGGACCCGGCACUUCCAACAUUACUAAAUAAUCAGAGAGCGGCUCCCACUCCGGGCCCGCACCUCCCUGCAGACGCUGGACACCUUCUAAGAGUUUGGCGAGUGGGUGACCCAGGCGCCGGUCCAUCGCAAGAUAAAUAGGAUUUACAAGACCCUGAAAGCACUUGAGAAGUCUUCAAAUGCCACAAUCAACUGAUAUUUCAAAGAAAACAAAAUAGAUGGUUCUAGAAAGUCCAUGCUGUUUCUUCAUUGAAUUUUAGCUGGAUUCAUCGCUGCCAUGGCAACAGACCACAUGAUGAGGUGUAUUGGAUUGCUGUGUUGAGCACAAGGGGAGGAAUGAACACAGCUUUUUAUUGAAGUUAAAGGUUACUUUGGAGUUUCUUCCCGGGAAGUGUGUAAGGUCCGGUACAUUAGCGUUCAGCAGAUGUAGCGCUUGUGCAGAAGAAUUAGAAGCAUGUUGGUGCAUUAAACUACAAAACCAGAAUGAUUGAAGAUAGUGGGAAAAGAGGAAAUACCAUGGCAGAAAGAAGACAGCUGUUUGCAGAGAUGAGGGCUCAAGAUCUGGAUCGCAUCCGACUUUCCACCUACAGAACAGCAUGCAAGCUGAGAUUUGUGCAGAAGAAAUGCAAUUUGCACCUGGUGGACAUUUGGAACGUCAUCGAAGCAUUGCGGGAAAAUGCUUUGAAUAACCUGGACCCAAACAUAGAACUCAAUGUGGCCCGCCUGGAGGCAGUGCUCUCCACCAUUUUCUACCAACUCAACAAGCGGAUGCCAACCACUCACCAAAUCCACGUGGAACAGUCCAUCAGUCUCCUGCUGAACUUCCUGCUCGCAGCCUUUGACCCGGAAGGCCAUGGUAAAAUCUCAGUAUUUGCUGUCAAAAUGGCUUUGGCUACAUUGUGUGGAGGAAAGAUCAUGGACAAGUUGAGAUAUAUUUUCUCAAUGAUCUCUGACUCCAGUGGAGUGAUGGUGUAUGGGAGAUAUGACCAGUUCCUUCGGGAAGUUCUCAAACUACCCACAGCAGUUUUUGAAGGUCCUUCAUUUGGUUACACAGAACAGUCAGCCAGAUCCUGUUUCUCCCAACAGAAAAAGGUCACCUUAAAUGGCUUCUUGGACACGCUCAUGUCAGACCCUCCUCCACAGUGUCUAGUGUGGCUGCCUCUUCUGCAUCGAUUGGCAAAUGUAGAAAAUGUCUUCCAUCCAGUCGAGUGUUCUUACUGUCACAGUGAGAGCAUGAUGGGAUUCCGAUACCGAUGCCAACAGUGUCACAACUACCAACUUUGCCAGGACUGCUUCUGGAGGGGCCAUGCCGGAGGUUCUCAUAGCAACCAGCACCAAAUGAAGGAGUAUACAUCGUGGAAAUCACCUGCUAAGAAGCUAACGAAUGCAUUAAGCAAGUCCCUGAGCUGUGCUUCAAGCCGUGAACCUUUGCACCCCAUGUUCCCAGACCAGCCUGAAAAACCACUCAACUUGGCUCACAUCGUUGAUACUUGGCCUCCAAGACCUGUAACCAGUAUGAAUGACACACUCUUCUCCCACUCUGUUCCCUCCUCAGGAAGUCCUUUCAUCACCAGGAGCUCUCCUCCCAAGGACAGUGAAGUAGAACAGAACAAAAUGCUGGCUAGGGCUGCUCCAGCCUUUCUGAAAGGCAAAGGGAUACAUUACAGCCUGAACAUGGCAGACAGGCUAGCUGAUGAACAUGUUCUCAUUGGGCUUUAUGUCAACAUGCUCCGGAACAACCCAUCAUGUAUGCUUGAGAGUUCAAACCGGCUUGAUGAAGAACACAGGCUGAUCGCCAGGUAUGCCGCACGACUGGCAGCAGAGUCCUCCUCAUCCCAGCCCACACAGCCGAGGAGUGCCCCUGACAUCUCCUUCACCAUCGAUGCAAAUAAACAGCAAAGGCAGCUGAUUGCAGAGCUAGAGAACAAGAACAGAGAAAUCUUACAAGAGAUUCAGAGACUUCGAGUAGAACACGAGCAAGCUUCUCAGCCCACACCCGAGAAGGCUCAGCAGAACCCAACCUUACUGGCAGAACUCCGGCUCCUCAGACAGCGCAAGGAUGAGCUAGAACAAAGGAUGUCUGCUCUCCAGGAGAGCCGGAGAGAGCUGAUGGUCCAGUUGGAAGGUCUCAUGAAGCUCCUGAAGGAAGAAGAACUGAAGCAGGGAACCCAGGGGGCAGGCUCCCCACGUUCUUCCCCCAGCCACACCAUCAGCAGGCCAAUCCCCAUGCCCAUCCGGUCAGCAUCUGCCUGCUCCACACCAACGCACACCCCACAGGACUCCCUCACUGGGGUAGGGGGAGAUGUGCAAGAGGCGUUUGCACAAAGUUCAAGAAGGAAUCUAAGGAAUGACUUGCUGGUGGCUGCAGACUCCAUCACCAAUACCAUGUCCUCUCUGGUGAAGGAGCUGAAUUCAGAGGUGGCAAGUGAAACAGAAAGCGCUGUGGAAUCCGAGUUUGCGAGAACUCAGUUUGAGCAUCUGGUUCCGUCUCCAACCUCUGAGAAGGCUUUUCUAGCCCAAAUCCACGCCCGGAAACCUGGGUACAUUCACGGUGGAGCUACAAGUUCCAUGCAUGGUGACAUGGUUCCGGAAGACGGGGAUCCUUACACACAACCCGAGGAUGGCAACUAUGAGAAUGAGUCUGUACGGCAGCUGGAGAAUGAGCUGCAGAUGGAGGAGUACCUGAAGCAGAAGCUGCAGGAUGAGGCCUACCAGGUCAGCUUGCAAGGUUGAAUGCAAUCCCCUUUUCUCACUCUCCUCUCAAGCAAGCUAUAGUCAGACAGCUGAGGAAAGAUCCAUGCCAUCCGGUGGUGGAGAGAGCUGCGCCCACCCGACAGAGAGGAGGACCACAGCCUGGAAGCAGCCUCACCCUCGCUCACUCGCCUUGGAGAGAAAGCCACCACACCCAGCAGCUCCAACAACCCCCUCCCCUAAAGAUGUGUUCAGAUGCCUGUAGUGCAGCUAGCUUUCCGUUCUAGACUCUGUAGUUCCUAGGUGUGUGCUUUAGAAGGGGGGUGGGGGCUCGAGACUUCUGUUCCUAGAUAAUUUCUCAACUCCAUCUUCUAUAACAUGGCUCAUCCCUGGUUCAAAGCAAACCCCCCACACACACACAGGCUGAGAGCCUGCUGCUGUUACACACAGAACAGCAGUGUUAACGAGCAUUUUAAACCUUUGCACAUAAUAUUGAACCCGUUCAGUUUACAAUGACAAUAUUAAUACUGUUUGUAGCUAGAAUUUUCAUUUCUAGAUUCUUUGAGGUUUUAGCAAAGACAGUUUUAUUAUAUACUAUACAGUUUUCUCCCCACAGCAACUGGGAGGGGGCAGGGGGGGAUGACAAUCUACACUAGGAUUUGGUUUCUGAAUGUCCAAACUCAGGACCCAGGAGCCAAGAAGGGUCCUUGGCCUGCCCAUGUCCCCAAGUCCCUCUGAGAAAUGAUUUAAAUCUACUAACAGGAAUAAUGGGUUCUUGGGAGCUUAUUUCCAACCUGGAUUGUUUUCCUUCAACAUAUUCUAAUGAAUCAGCCAUAGAAUUUAGUGUAAAUACUUUUUCCAAAUAGAUAUCAUAUUCAAAAAAAAAAUGAAAGAGAGACAACAUUCAAGUGAUAUAGAAUCUAGUUUUUAAAAUCAGCACAGAUCUUCUUUAAAAACUGUGAACUAUGUUUUGGAAUACUCGUUACUAAAGCUGUUUAUAAACCACAGGUGCCAUAAGAUCCCCCAACGGACUACAGUUAUCUGCACUCCUCCACGUCUUGCUCUCCACAUUGUAUCUUUAGGAAGCAUGUCUUACACAGCACUGCUCAUUGACAAGUUCCUUCAUCGGUAGUCCCGAGGCCUUCAGCUUUAAAUGUAUGGGCUUAAAGUGCGCUUGCUCUGCUUUUCUUUCUGAAUGUUGGUUGCCUUACCUGGCCACCUGGUGUUCUGCAUGCGGCAGUUGUGUGGGCAUGUGAAAGGAGUCAGACAAGCUCUUCAGUGUGGUAUUGGGAUUUCACACUCAGUUGGAAGCUGGUGUGUAAAAGAACUGUCAAAGACAAGAGGAUAAGAGCCUGUGGACUGACGGUCCCCUCCUUGAGGCCGCUCAUUAGAGAGACCUCAGAGGAACCUCCCUUAGCAAUUCUGGGGAAACUGCAAAAGUAACUGAUUGUUUCAAGAUCUGAUGUAUAAGAAAAAGAAAAAGCCAGACACCUACUGGCUGUCUUAAAACCAGACGCCUCUCCGGAACUCCUGGGUUUUUUCUUCUAAAAGAGAGAAGGGAACAUCAUUUCAGAACAGUGAUUUGCUCAGAGUGUGUCUGUGAAACCAGCAAUGUUAAUGUCACCCAGAAGUCUUACCAAUGUGAACCCCUAGGCUCCAACCCAACUCUGGGGUGUGGACCUAGGGGUGAUCCAUGUUUUAAUUGCCCCCCAACAGUUCUGGUGAGUGCCAUGAAGUAGAAAUCAUUGUUCUAGAAUAGAGUUGUACAACAAAGACUGAAAAGGUCCUAAUCCAGGGCUAGGGUGUUACUCAAUUGGCCAAGGGUUUGUUAACAUACACAAAGCCCUGGGUUCAAACUUCCAGGGCUGUCUAAACCUGGCAUGGUGACACAUGCCUAUGAUCCCAGCACUCAGGAUAUGGAGGCAGGAAGAUUGGGAGUUCAAGGUCAUCCUCAGCUACAUAGUAAAUUUGAGGCCAGCUUGGGAUGUACAGCACCCUGUCUUGAAGAAUCAGGGGCAGGAGGUGGUAUAUAGAAUAAAUAAAAAAAAACAUUCUAAGUGGACCACAGAUUUAAUUUUGCUUGCCAGGCUGGCAAAAGCCUUCUCCCACCACAAACACCUGGUCUAUAAUGGAGUGGCUAAGAACUCACUUUCUGACCCCAGAAUAGCCCUCUGUCUGCAGAGGGAUAUUCAUGUUCUUGCCUCAGAAACUAUCUCCAUGGCUGCCCUUUAAACAAAACCAUUUGCCCUGAGGAUAGCCGAGGGCGUGAUGAGCAUCAGUGGAGGAUCCCAUGCUGUCCCUAGGUGUUCUUAGUCCAGAAAACUCACCUCGCAAAAUUCCCUGAG